UUUCUAUUUUGAUAAAUGACAUUGAAGGCUGUAAGUCAAUGCGGGGCUUCAACGUGGCGGCCGCGGUAUUCCCCACUUAUUCGUUUCAGAAAUCCACUUGAAAGUUCCAGGAACAGAGGUCCCAGGACGAUGGAUGUACAUACAGUCCAAGGCCCGGGCUUGAUGGACGACAUACGUUUCUCCAGUCUCGAUUUCCUUGGAAUGAAACAUCACAUGCCAGGUGACCUAAGCCAACUGAGCAUGUUGAUAGUGAUGGUGGCUGGCUGUGUCCUGUUUUACACUUGCCUCAUGUUCUGUAUAGUCACCCUGGACCGUCAGAUGUGUAGACGACAGACACACAUUGGCAGGAAGGUGAAACAACUGAUGCUUCAUCUGCUGAAGAUGCCGCGUUUUGCGAAGAUAUUUACUAAAAUAUAUACAUGCCGUGUUUGGAUAUGAUCUCAUGUGAGUUUGAACGUAUUUUAAUAAAUGCUGGAGUAUAGAUUGACAAACAGGAAAAGUUGACCCUCAUGUUAUACAGUCUUGUGGGUAUAUGUAUGUCACUCUGAAUCUAUAUUCAAAGAUCUAAAUAUGAAACAGACGAGGUGGUUUCACUGGUUUCUUCUUUUGUCUAGUUUAAGUGGUCAAAUCUGGGGAAUUAGCAGAACAGUAUCAGACCAUCCAUAUAGCUGAAGCUUUAGUUAACCUUCUGGACCAAAUUACCUUGUUGUGAUUUUGCCAAUCCGAAAAGAAAGUCUGACUUGUCUGCAUGAAGAGACAAAUCGUCAUUCGUGUCCAUGGGAAUGACUACUUCUUGCUACAUGACCCAGACCCAUAUUUCUUAUCGAUGUUACCUAUGAGGAAUUCAGCAUUAUUUGACUUCAUAUUGCAUAUUGUUUUCAUUUAUGACAAAUAGUCCUGAACCUUUGAAAAUUAACAAUAUGUAGCCAAACGUGUAGGGGAUUUUAAAACAUGCACAUUUAAAAUAGGUUGUCUUCCACCACAGUGACUAUUUUAAUAUUUAUACAAUAAUUCUUCGUAAUACCAACAAAUGUAUUGUACAUAUGUCUUUUACCAUGACAUUGAAUAGUGUUUUCUGUCAAUGUCAAAAAUGUGUUGACGUUAUUUGUUUUAUUUUCAUUGCAUUUAUGACCAGUAUUCGCAAUGAAUUUAUUUAAACACUUAACAAUUAUUACUUGUCUAAAUGAAGUAUACACAAAUAAAUGGUAUAAGUACCAGUUUGGAAA